CAGCUGUGGUGUGAUCAUCGUAUGUCGGUCGGCCGCGUUAUCACUUGACUCUUCUGUUGUUGUUUUUGGCAUACGGCAGCCUGCUGAUAAUACUAGACUACAAAAGUUGGUCUUUAUCAGUGCUUCAGUAUUAGUUUAAAGGAAUCUUUCAGAGGUUCGUCGGAUUCGCCAUCAUUUUUCUUGACAAAGGAGAGAUUUCAAGGAUGGGAGUGAAGUCUUUGAUUGCAAGAGGAUCUGUUCUGUUCUCAAUUGGAGUAUUUUUUGCUUUGGUUCUAAAUCUACUCCAGAUUCAAAGACAGGUUACUGUUUUUCCCCCAGAAGUCCUUGCUAGUCUAUUUUCAUCAGCAUGGUGGAUUCCUCCAAGCUGUGGAACAGCUGCAGCUGUGAUUGGUCUCCUGUAUCCAUGCCUUGACGAGAAGCUGGGAGAAGAGUUAAUGUACAAAAGAGAGUGGAGCAGUGUCAUGAGAUGUGUUGCUGUUUUUGUAGGCAUCAAUCACGCCAGUGCUAAAAUUGAUUUUGCCAACAACAUUCAGCUGUCAGUUAGCCUUGCAGCCAUGUCGAUAGGGCUGUGGUGGCUGUUUGAUCGCUCCAGGUCAGGAUUUGGCUUGGGAGUAGGUAUUGCGGUCCUGGCAACUUUUGUCACCCAGCUCCUAGUCUACAAUGAUGUGUACAGAUACACUGAGCCAGAUUUUCUUUUUGUCCGAUCUUGGCUCCCGUGUGUGUUUUUCUCUGGAGGAGUCACAAUGGGGAACAUAGGACGACAGCUAGCCACAUAUGAUGGAGACUCAUCCAGCACUUCACAGGCAAAGCGGGACUGAACUUUGGCAUGUGACAGCAGCAUGGAAUUAAAGAGUUUGGAUCUGAUGCCACCAACAUUUGUUCCCCGGAGAGGCAGACUUACUCUGGCUUGUUUAUGCAUAGGACUACCACUGCCCUGACCUUGCGGAGUUCCCCCUUCCCUCAACUAUGCAAAUUUACUGUGCAUACUACAUUUGGUACUUUUUCUGUGCACCAUGUGUACACAUUAAGAGAAGUUUCCUAUAUUGCCUCCUGUUCAGUCUUGCCAUGUCUUCUUCUCUGUAAGCAUUGGUGUAUCUGUGAGCGCUCAAGGACAGCCCCUUAGUCCUAGGGCUGCAAAAGUUUGGACAACCUCUACAGAAGAAAGUGCACCAUGAGCCUGUCUCAUAUGUUGAAAUACUUUCACACUGACUAUGUAGGCCUGUGUAGUUUACUGGCACAGCAUAUUGAUGGAUAUGUAUGGCUGUCUAUCUCUCUCUCUAUUCCUAUAUCAAUCAGGCCCUGUUUCGCAAAUGUGAGGAAUUUUAGGGUUUGGAGAAGAGGUUUUCAUUCUAUGACCUCAUAGUUCUACAGUUUUAAGUUGUCUGGCGUUACAACGGUCAGUUAAUGUAUUGCCUUAAAAUUUCAACUUAUAUUGAAGUUGGCACUUUCUAUGUGUUCUUAGUUGCUGCGAGAAUAAAUGAGCUUUACUGGGUUUUGCUUGUGGCUAUGGUUUUAAAGAGUCUGACUAGAUGAGUAAUUUUCUGUUUUGCUAUGGGUUUUUUCUGUUUGUUUUUUCCCCUCUUUUGCAAAAAAAGUUCACAAAGUAGCCUUUUGUUCAUUUUUGAUAUAGAUGGGUUUAGGGAGAAGUUUGACCAUUUGUAAAUGCUUAGAGAUAUAAUACCAUUUUGCUAAGUAGUUUUUGCUUCCUUAAACAGUAAGGGUUCGUGACUUUUGCUAUUUUACCAUUCAUUCAACUAUUGGAUUAAAAACUUAUUUUAAGAGAAAAAAAAAGAAAAAGGUGAUGAUAA